AUGGCACCCUUCAGCAGAAUCAGCAGCUAUCUCAAUUCAACAGUAGCAGUCCCACAUUGGCAAGAUAACACCACAGGACCUGGACCGCAGCCUUCUCAUGCCUACUACGCCCUCUGCUAUUGCAUCUUGAUCGUGGUCAUUGUCUUUGGCAAUAUUUUGGUCUGCCUGGCAGUUCUGAAGGAGCGCAGCUUGCAAACUACCACCAACUAUCUUGUGGUAAGCCUGGCAGUAGCAGAUCUGCUUGUGGCCACCUUGGUGAUGCCAUGGGUGGUAUAUCUUGAGGUGACGGGAGGAGUUUGGAAUUUCAGCCGUGUCUGCUGUGACAUAUUUGUAACCAUGGACGUAAUGAUGUGCACAGCCAGCAUUUUGAAUCUCUGUGCUAUCAGCAUUGACAGAUAUACUGCAGUGGUUAUGCCUGUUCAUUAUCAGUACAGCACAGGGCCCAGCUCUUGCAGGAGGGUCUCCGUUAUGAUUGCAAUGGUCUGGCUGCUGGCAUUUGCUGUUUCCUGCCCUCUUCUCUUUGGCUUCAACACCACAGAAGAUCCCAGUAUUUGUUCCAUAUCCAAUCCCAACUUUGUUAUCUACUCUUCUGUGGUGUCCUUCUAUCUUCCCUUCUUGGUUACCCUGCUGCUAUAUGUCCGGAUUUACAUCGUGCUGAGGCAAAGACAACGGAAGCGAGUCCUCACAAGACAAGGCAGUCAGCGUGUCAAAGCCUGUUAUAAACAGCAACAACAUACAGAGAUAAAAGCUUUACACCAGAGGCCUCCGGAUGCCCUCUCAUGUUGCUUGCAGCUGAAGAGUUCUGACCAGAAACUGUCUACUGAAAAGAAGCCUCUGACACCAACUGAAUUGCAGCAAUACUGCAGUUUCUGUCAUGAAGCUUCCAUCUCCACUGUGGAGGAUAAAGAGGCUAUUGACCUGAAGAUCAGGAGGAAAACCUCCUGCUUAGAAGUGCGCAAACUCAACAAUGGCCAAACGGCAACCUCCUUGAGACUUCCAUCCCAGCAGCAUCGGAUAAUACAGCUCCGAGAGAGGAAGGCCACCCAAAUGCUAGCUAUAGUUCUGGGGACGUUCAUAGUCUGCUGGCUGCCAUUCUUCUUAACACAUAUAUUGAACACCCACUGCCAAGCCUGUCACAUCUCCCCAGAAUUGUAUGGAGCCACUAUAUGGCUUGGCUAUGUAAACAGUGCCCUCAACCCCAUCAUCUAUACCACCUUCAACAGCGAGUUCCGCAAAGCUUUCCUCAAGAUCUUGUAUUGCUGA